AUGACCAGCCCUGUGUCCGGCCGGCCAUUGCCCUCAUCCUUCGACGAGAACGACGAGUUCUACAAUGAAAGCGGUCUUCAGAAGGUCUUGGGCCGCAUGAAGCGCGAGCCUCUCGUGCCACUCGGAUGCCUACUAACCGUCGCUGCCUUCACCAACGCUUACCGUGCCAUGCGAAAGGGGGAUCACAACCAGGUGCAGCGCAUGUUUCGAGCACGUGUCAUAGCCCAGGGCUUCACCGUCGCCGCCAUGGUCGCUGGCGGCUUGUACUUCGGCGCUGAAAGGCACAAGGAGCGAGAGAAUUGGAAGCUGCAGGAGCAGGAGAAGGCCGAGGAAAAGCGUCAGAAGUGGAUUCGAGAGCUCGAGGCUCGCGAUGAUGAGGAAAAGGAGCUCAAGGCCAUGAUGAACAAACGUCGCGAGAAGAAGAAGACGGCCGACGCCGAGGCUGCGCGUAACAGUUUCCGCGCGGCUGAGGCCAAGAGACUGGACGAGGUUCCACCAGCAUCACACCACAAAGCCGACAACCAACAAUCAACUUGGGGUUUAAGUUGGCUCGGUCAGUCCAAAGAUUCUAUAGAGAAUAAGUCAACAGCAGAUAUUAAGUCAAAUCCUACUAAGUAA